UCCGCCUCGCCCAGCAGAGCCUCAGCACCCAAACAUAAGAGUACUGAAAAAAGAGAAUCUCCUUCCCCAGCACCAAAACCAAGGAAGGCAGAACUGUCAGAAUCAGAAGAAGACAAAGGAGGGAAAAUGGCUGCAGCAGACUCUGUCCAACAGAGACGCCAGUACAGGAGGCAAAACCAACAGUCUUCAUCUGAUUCUGGUUCUUCAUCUUCAUCUGAAGAGGAAAGACCUAAGAGAUCCAACGUGAAGAACGGGGAGGUCGGACGGCGCCGGCGCCACUCGCACUCGCGCAGUCCUUCGCCGUCUCCGCGGAAACGACAGAAGGAAUCCUCCCCUCGCAGGAGGAGGAGGAGUCCCUCACCCCCUCCGGCGCGGCGGCGACGCUCCCCGGCCCCCGCUCCCCCUCCCCAGCGCCGGCGCUCCCCCUCGCCGCCUCGGAGAAGGUCUCCAUCCCCACCCCCGCGCAGACGCUCUCCUUCUCCACGGAGAUAUUCCCCACCGAUCCAGAGGAGAUACUCUCCCUCUCCUCCACCCAAGAGAAGAACAGCUUCUCCUCCUCCCCCUCCCAAACGAAGGGCAUCCCCUUCCCCUCAGUCCAAGCGCAGAGUCUCCCACUCACCACCGCCAAAACAGAGGAGCUCACCAACUGCGAAACGACGUUCCCCUUCCAUAUCUUCCAAGCACAGGAAGGGAUCUCCUCCCAGUAGGUCCAACAGGGAAACACGUUCUCCACCACAAAACAAAAGGCAUUCACCUUCACCACGGCCUCGAGUGGCUCAUACCUCUGCCAGCCCAGCGCCGCCGCGCAGGGGAACCUCGGCGUCCCCCCAGAGGAGACAGUCUCCAUCCCCCAGCACCAGGCCCAUCCGGAGGGUGUCCAGAACGCCAGAGCCCAAGAAGACAAAGGCUUCCACACCCAGUCCCCGGCGCGUGUCGUCCUCGCGCUCUGCGUCAGGGUCCCCUGAACCUGCACCCAAAAAGCAUCAAGGACCUGCAUCCCCUGCUCGGUCUCGUUCUCCCUCUGCAAACUGGUCACCUGCAAAAAAGGCUAAGAGCCCAACCCAGAGCCCAUCACCUGCCAGGAAUUCAGAUCAAGAAGGAGGUGGCAAGAAGAAGAAGAAAAAGAAGGAUAAGAAGCAUAAAAAGGAUAAAAAGCACAAGAAACACAAAAAGCAUAAGAAGGAGAAGGCAGCAGCGGCCACAGCUGCUGCUGCUGUGGCUGCAGCAGACACCACCUCAGCACAGGAAGACCAGGAAGCAGAGACAGAACCCAAAAAGGAGACAGAAAGUGAACCUGAAGACAACCUGGAUGACCUAGAAAAGCAUCUGCGGGAGAAGGCCCUGAGGUCCAUGAGGAAGGCACAGGUGUCCCCCCCGUCCUAGGCCCAACCCUUUGAUAUAAUGUACAUUUUAUUUGGUUUGUACUCAGAAUUCAAUUUCAAAUUGCUAAAUGUGUUUGAGCUUUAGACUAUAACAUUUGUUGUAAUAAUUGCUAGGUUGAGGUUCACCAUGUACAAAGGGCAUGGAUUUACAUUACAAAAGGUGUCCACAGUGUACUAGUGACAUUCUUUCAUUGACAGCAUAAUUUCAUUUAGGGUGAGGCUUUAGAAGCAGUAGGAGUUUGUUUGGAAGGUUUGGAACAUGACUGUCAAUUCCCUCAUUUCUUUGAACUCCAACAGAGCCUUGAGCAGAAUUUGUGAGGGUCUCAUUUGACUUCUUUUGUAUCCACUUACAUGAUGCUACUAACCUUUGUGGUUUGUAAGCUUGCCCAGGAGUAAAACCACUGCAGAAUUCCAAGGAAAUCCAUCUAUAUUUCAAUGCUUUCUACUGUUGCCUGUAUAGUCUCCAUUACAGCCAACCAAGAAUAGCACUGUAGAGUGGUACAGAAAUGAAAGCAUGUUGUUUACCAGGACACUGUGGGUUUAUAUUGAUGUAACAUGUUGAUUUGGAACACUGGAAUUUCAUUUGUAUUUUUAUGUUCUUUUUUUUUUUUUUUUUUUUAAAGGGCAGUUUCCAUGAACAGCAGU